UGUGUUUCAUAGAUAACCAGUUAGUAACCACAGAUUGACACAUUGCUAACAAUCGACCAGUGCUGUUGAAUUUGUUUUUUAGUGGGGCGUAAUUAGCUGUCUGAUGGGAAUGAGCAGAUGUUUCCGUGUGGGCAUGCCGUCUCUACCUGCUUGUUUCUCUUGGGUGGAAAAAAAACCCUGUUUUUAAACUGACAUUUGCCUACUGGGGAUUUUUAUACUUUUCAUUUUUCAAACACUUUUGCACUUAAAGCUGAUUAAAAGGUAAUUUUUUUAGGUGUGUGAAAAACUCUGUGUGUGUGUAUCUCUGCUUUAUUUUACCGGUCGUUACUAUCUUCCCACCACUUUUGCAUCAAAUGUUUUUUUUUCUGCUUUGGUUUUAUCUUCCCCCACCUCCGCGCUCGCUUCACUUCCUGCGCCACAAUCACAGUGAGACGAGCAGAAAGCUUCGUCCGGACUAAGAAUCUACGACGACGUCUCCGAUACCAACUGCUGGGGCUGGCUUGCUCUGUUUCUGAGCCGGUUCUGUUAACAGCAGUCAGUUACACACCUCGCUGCAGGGUCAAGGUACGCCGAGAGUGCCGCAAGAAUUCGUAGAGGUCACAUGACAUGGGCGUUGAGGAGCUGAACCUCUAAGUCUGAGCAACAAGAAAGUGCGUGUAAAUUUACACCGUCACGCGUGUGAUCCCGUCUCUCCCUAGAUCAGGUAAAGGUUGCCUGUGGUCCAUUUCUGUGUGAAUGAGGUGCCUGACACUGUCUCUAGCUGAUGGAGUUUGCUUGUAGCCAUGUGGUGUGCAACUGGAGACCUGAGAGUGUCACAUCAGGCGCCGGCCAGAAUCUCACAAAUCUCAGUUGGGAGACCAGCUCCACCUCCUCAAGGCCUCGCUCCGUCUGCGAACACGACUAUGACAACCGCAUAUCCGUCCUCCCCAAAACCGAGCCGCAACUCCUACCACCACCCCUCCCACCUCGGCAGUCAUUGCCACAGGCGCCCAUGCCACCCCCUUUGCCCCCCCGAGGGCUGGAAGCCAAGGGCGAGACUCGAAUCAAGGCCAAUGUGAACGUUCUGUCCGUCAACGUGGGUCAUCUCGUGGACAUCAGCAAAGCCAAUGCCAUCCAUUGCACGCGGAGCCCGCUGUAUUGCUCCAAGUGUAAAGCCGCAAUGUCAUCCCUGAGCAACCUGCAGAACAAGCAGAACGAAACGGUGUGGUCAUGUGAGUUCUGUGGACAGGAAAACAAGCUCACCAACAUGGACCCAGGGAUCAGACACUUCUCCCGCCAGACUCUGCCCGGGAGGGACGUUCUUCACCUGACAGAGGACAUUGACAAAGACUACAUCAACCUGGAGGACAUGCUAGUGGUCUUCUGUGUGGACAUAUCUGGGAGCAUGAGUGUCACCUUUGAGGUUACUGCUGGCAACAGUAUGAGGUCUCCCACAUAUGUGUCCAGACUUCAGAGUGUUCAGGACGCCCUGCAGAGGGCGCUGUCCUCAUUGUUCCAGACAUCUCCACGCCGCAGGGUGGCUCUGGUCACGUUUAACGACGAGGUAACUGUAUAUGGCGAUGGCACUGGGGUUCCGCUCACCUUGAGGGACUGGUCACUGGUGGACUUUGAUUACCUAAAGGACCAAGGAGAGAAGUAUUCCACUCCCCACUGUAUCCUGGAGUCCAUACAUCCCCUCACCCAGAAGAUCAAGGAAAUGCGAGAACAUGGAGCCACAGCACUGGGCCCAGCAGCGCUCGUCUCCAUAGCGAUGGCCUCUCGAUAUACAGGGUCUAAGGUAAUCAUAUGCACAGACGGGCAAGCUAACAUCGGCCUGGGGGAACUGGAGCAAGGGUCCCUCCACACCUCUACUUACUCCCCAUAUUUCUAUAGCCAGCUGGCCAAAGAGGCUGUGAACAAUGGGAUCAUAGUGUCAGUGCUGACCUUUGAGGGGACAGACUGCCGGCUGGCCGAAAUCGGGCGACUGGCUGACCUCACAGGGGGCAGGGUUAACAUUGUGAACAUCAGUACGAUAUUCAACGAGAUCCAGUCAGUGCUGGCCGACAACGUCAUGGCUACCGAUGUCACGGCAACACUGCUUUCAGCCGACGGCGUGUAUUUCCCUUAUGAAGAGGGGUCGACACACAAACUGGUGAAGAAGCUCGGCAACGUGACGGAAGGAGCUGAGAUCACAUUCCAGUUUGCCGUUAAACCAGAGAGCAUGGAGGUUUUUCAAAGGAGGGACAGGAUCCCUUUCCAGCUGCAGCUGGACUUCAGGACGCGGGACUUGCAAAGAGUGAAACGCAUCGUCACAGAGCAGAGAAGAGUCACGACAAGCAGCUGGGUAUGGGCAGGCAGCCUGAAUAUGGCGGUGCUGGGGGUCCACUGUGCCCAAUUGUGUGCCCGGCUGACCAUGGAGGGACGAGUGCUGGAGGCGCAGCGGCAACUGAAGGCUCAACAGGAUCUGCUAAAGGACAUCAGUGAACAGAGGCCCAGGCCCAAGGAAGAGAGCAUUUAUGGGAACUGGAUCAGCACCAUGACCAUGAUCUGUGAGGAUCUGUCAGGGGGGAGCAAGAGAAGCUCAGAACUCAAAGGCUUGCAGGCCAGCCCAUCUUCCCCAGUCCAGGACUUGUCAGAUGAGGCGGCGAAAGUGGUGUACCAGAUGAAGAGAGCAAGGAGUGUGAGUGCCAGGAAGCAGACUGAAGGCAAUCUGGAGAUGUGAGCACGGGCAUAGGAACGACGCUGGGAUUACUGAGAAUACCCAUGGAAAAUGGGUAAUGAAUGUGUGUAUGCAGGGAGUCAAAUCUAAUCUCAAAAACUGCACUGGUUUAACUGCUGUCCACAGAGCAGAAACUGCUUUACAUACAGCUAAUAACUCAAACUCAUCAUAGUCUAGGAAUACAGUAACAGAUUGGGGGGGGGGCUGUGAAGCUUCGUAAAUAAACAUAACAUUUUUUUUUUUAACUUCUUAAAUUAAGUUUGAAGUUUCAGGGUUUAAGUAGGCCUGAGUUUCUUCUCAUGGUUGGCAGGAGAACAUGCUCCAGUCUACAGACACUGGAUGCAGAAAGCAAACUGUACAUUAUAUAUACUAUAUUCUUCAGUUCAAACUGAGCACUGAUACACAUUUAAAAGGAAAAACUACUAAUAUGAGAAAACUGACACAAUGAAAGUCAACAAUGUGAACAAGGACAUGGCUGUGGGUGGGAAUGAUCAUUUGCCUGGGAUUGCUUCUUUUUAUCGCCACCCACUCCUCAGAGGGUGUCAGCUUCCCACAAGAGGACCCCCCCCCCCCAAUCCUCAUGCAUAUUUUGAGCAGCAGCAUGGCCCCAAAUGCCCACCCCAGCAUGGCGUCCUGAUAAUGACAACCUACCACUAGAAGAUGUUGGAUUAGUAAUAAGGAAUUGACAUUUGACCUGUGGUUGCAAUUCUCAUGAGAACUUACAAAUCUAAAGCCAGUGUUAAAAGAUUUGAAAAACAUCAUCCUAGUGCUGGAAUUUAAUGUGUGAACAAAAUUCAGUAAAGUAGUUUUUAUCAAGUAGGAUGGCUCCACAUCCACAAAGUUAUACAAUGGCCACGUGUUGAACUCAUUUUAUUUUGUUGUAUCAUGGUGAAGUUUCGCAUUUGCUUUAGCAUUGUAAUGAUUGUAAUUAGUUUCCUUGUAAAGUGAUCAGUAGUUUCGCAGCCAAGGUUCAACAGGGGCAUGUUUAUCACAGUCGUCACAUCCCUGCUGCCUUUAUGUUUACAGGGACUCAUCAGUGGGAGUUUGACAUUUUGUGCCUUGAGGGACAGAACUUGAGCCACAACAUUCCUUCACUAUCUCACAACAUCUGGGCCUAAGCACCUAAGAAUAGGCAAUAAUUCAUCAUUCUGAAUUAUUUGACAUUUCUAUUUUUGGUCAUAUUCUGACCACAUGGGUGCUCAUACACGCAUGAGGUUACAGAAAUCUUUUUGGGUUAAAUGUCACCUUAGCCUCUUCUUAUUUCAGCUACUGUCAUUUAACUUUUUAUUUACUUUUUUAUUCCUAUUUUUUAGUUUUUUUAGGUUAGAGAGUGGCACUUCCUCUAUUCUGUUACUGAUCAUUAUCCAAGAUAUCUUAGAUUCUUAGGUUCUGUUUUGCAGACACCUACUUAAGAAGUUCAUGAAAAAGCUACCCACAUAAGACAGUCCAAUUUACCCUUCAUAUUAUGUGCAAUGAUACUACAAGCCAGAAGAGACAGAAUUCUCCCAACAUGUUGGUAGCUCCCACCAAUGCAGAAAACAUGAAGAUUUUCUCUUAAUACCAAAUUUAAGUCACUGCAUUUGUAAAAGAAUGGCUAACAUUAGAUGCCAAAGUGAAGCACACAUCCUCUGCACUGUCAUAAAAAAGAGUAGCAAUUUGUACCUUUGCUUGUCACUGGGGCUGUACCCUCAAGGGAAAAUAUACCUUUCAAGAUACAAAAAUGGACUAUAAGGAAGAGUUUUGUACCACUGAGGGCACAUUUGGGGGCACAUUAAUGUUGUUUGUACCUUGGGGAUGUUCCUCAGAGUACACUUAAAUUAGACUAAAGUGUACAUAAACCUACAGAUAGGGUACAAAUGGCAGACACUUCAGGGCACAGCCCCAGUGAUAAGCAAAGGUACAAAUUGCUACUCUUUUUUAAAAAAAUUUGUGGACCAAAAGCCCAUAAUUUUUGGUCAGAAUUUGUCACAGUUGAAUGCCUGUUGUUACGAUCUGAAUGCAGCAUACACGGCCACAUCCCAUUUAAAGCAGCUAACCCAUUCAUCAGUUUGGCCACAUUUCUGAGUGUCAUCCUCCACGGUUUCUCAAAAGACGGAACAAAACAUCUCAACUUGUCAGUAUGCCAUUUCUGUUCAAGAUGCCGUACUGACUCACUUGGGUCCAGCUGAGACAUACCUCCCAUAACAUACUUGGGGGACAUCUAUAAUGAGCGAAUUCCAUGCUGCUAAUGAGCCGGAGUUAUACAGGAGAUAGUCAGAGGUAUGCACGAGCAGAGAACAUGGACCGAUCAGACUUUGUAUGUGUGGCUGGACUGGACAGAGUCUCCAGAUAACGCUUGUUGUUUAUCAGUGGCUGCUGUCUCCUAGCUUUGUCCGAGCAGUUCAGCACCCCCUCCAACCCCCAGCCCCUGCUCUGAGUUCUUUAUUAUUGUAAUUGCUUGUUUUGCUGGUGGAAUUCCUUUGAGUUUAAUGGCUGAAACUAUUCGAUUUAAUAUGUGACAGAAUCAAGAUGUGUACUAUCAGCACUGGGCAGAAUUCUAUGAGCAAGUGCAUAUAUACCUGAAUACUGAAUACACAGUCUUGAAGGUAUUCAGUACUUUAUUCAGAUACAAUACUUAAAAUGUGUAUCUUACUGAGAAUCCUUUUAGAAACUGUAACAUAUGUAUGAGUGCAAAGAGUGUUUCGUGAUUGGAUGUCAUAGUUUUUAUUAAACAGAUUAUUCUUUAAAAUAUCUGAUCAUACAAGCAAAUCAGUGAGAGGAUAUUUAUGUACAAGAAGUGAAGAAAACAAUGACACAAUAUGUCUAACCACAGUUAACAUUUAAGCAAUGCAGACUUAUAUUUUGCAUUUUUUAAGUUAAAGUAUCGGCUGAAAAUUAAACAGGCAGAACUUUAAAUCUCAUGAGGUUGCUGGUGCAUAGAGUGUGAGGAGACAGAGUCCUAUAUUUUUUAGAUUAAAUUAUGAAAUUACUUUGAAAUGAGUAACUCAUUACUUUCAUUUUAUUGUCAUUUAAAAACAUAUUUUCCCUAUUCUUUGAAAAAUUCACUGUUAUAAAAUGCAUCUUCUUACCUCAAUUUUACCAACCAGUUGCCAUUAAAUUUCACAUAAAGAACAA